AUGGCGUCAGUCAGCGUACUCUAUCAGUCCAAGCUGCGAUCGGCGCUGGAUAAGGGCGAGUUCUAUCCGCUCUCGCAUUUGUAUUUCUGCGAAGAAUGCGACGCUAUACGCUGCCCGCGAACUAUCAUACUCGACGCAGUGAUGCAUUACUGCCCCAAUUGUUUAUUUGAAGUACCAACGGCGUCUGUGAAAUCGCAGAGGAAUAGGUGUAUGAGGAAUUGCUCGAGUUGCCCGCUAUGUCAGAGUUCGCUGUCUACCGUUGGCACAGGCACUAGCAUCGACGAUCCUAAUAUCAGUCUCGAUAAGCUCACUGAGGCGGAGUCUUCUCGUGCCGACCCGCCCUUCUUGCUUAGCUGUGGAUGCUGUGGCUGGAACAGCAGGUGUUUCGGUGAGAGGGGUGUAUUUGAUAAACCUACGGGUAUCGGAGCGCUUAUUGCGCGCGGAGACGAGAAGGAAGGCAGAGCUAAUGAGGAGUUUGAGCAUGUCAGAAGUAAAUUCGAGUCUCUCCUUAGCGUUGACGGUUUCGUAGAUGACGUUGCUUUCCAUCCUCUCUACCCGGCACACGCAACGCCAGACACGAGCGAUAGGCAGCUGGAGUCUUUGGCAGAGACUGAGUUUGAUAAACUCAACAUUCUUAGGAAUGCCACAGAUCUCCACGACAUUCACAACUCGAGCAAUUCAUAUCCAUCUAGCAUAUACAAACACCUGCAGACACCUCAAAGAAUCAAACUAGUUACAAAAUACAGCAAACGUUGCGCUACGUGUAGGCAUAUCCUCAUCAAACCAGAUACCAAAUCACACACUAAACACAAGAUAAAGAUGACAGCUAAUAACUACCUGCCUGCGAUUAACGCGAGGAUAGCGCGGAUGGCGCUGCAACCUACAGGAUCGAGACUCACAAGCAAUGGAGAGUUGAGAGGAGGGAGGGUGUAUGUGUUUGAGAUGCAUACAGUCAAUCCACUGUACGACGCUAUGAAGAUCAGGAUGAAAGUUGUGCACCAGAGUGGCUGCAAAGCUCGUAUAGACGAGGGGGAGUAUGAGAUAGGUGCAUUCAACGAUGUCAUGGAGUUUGAAGAGGAGGCGUGGGUGCAGAGUCAGGCAAGACGCAUCUCAGAGGCCAAGUCUGUCGGACUGGUGGAGAGCAAGGGUAAUUGGACAAACAGUAUGUUUGAAUUGGGAGUAUACCAAGACGCAAAGAGAUUAGAGGUGAGUUUUGGUAAAGAAAAGGUAUAUGCUGAUGAAAAGGUCUAG